AGAGAAACGGAAAGAUGCAGAUUUUCGUCAAAACCCUAACCGGGAAGACCAUUACUCUCGAGGUUGAGAGCAGUGACACCAUUGACAAUGUCAAGGCUAAAAUUCAAGACAAGGAAGGUAUUCCACCGGAUCAGCAGCGAUUGAUCUUUGCCGGAAAGCAGCUUGAAGAUGGCCGAACUCUUGCUGACUAUAACAUCCAGAAAGAAUCAACUCUUCAUUUGGUGUUGAGGCUAAGAGGAGGAAUCAUUGAGCCCUCUUUGAUGGCUUUGGCUAGGAAAUACAACCAAGACAAGACCAUUUGCCGCAAGUGCUAUGCACGUUUGCACCCAAGGGCAGUAAACUGCAGGAAGAAGAAGUGUGGCCACAGCAACCAGUUGAGGCCAAAGAAGAAGAUCAAGUAGGUGCUAGCCCAGUUGUUCUAUGUGUUUGGUUUGGAAGUUUCUGCAUCAUUUCUAGUUAUUCUGUUUCUAAACUAUUGUAAGAAGUAAAACCAAAGGCUUUGUUGCUUAGUGGAGUGGUUUUAAUACUUUAGAUCUCUAAAGACAUUUGUAGUGUGGUGUAAUCCGGAUGUGCACUCGCAUUUUUGGUCAUGGAUUUAUAUUAUUGUUAUGUUUGCUAUCUGUUUACUACAUUCAGAAUUAAAUGGCUCUCUCUUGCCAGAGAUUCAAUGGUACCAUGUAUAUCUCUGUUGUUGAGUAGGGUUUUGUUUGAUUUAGGUGAGAAAUUUUGAUCAUUAUUUCAAAAACUUAAUUGGCUGUUUAUCGGGAUGUGAUGAGAGUCUACCAUAUAUAUAUCUAUUGAGGAAGGGAUUCAGUGGGUGGGAUAUAUUAUUAAUCUGUAAUACAUGAGAUCUUUGCC